AUGACCCUGGCUGUCAGGAUCCAGGACCCUCGGAGAUUGCCCUCGCCGCUGGUAUUCGCACGGACACAUCGUCCAAGACAAGUCCGCGACGCAGGCACUUCGGACCUUUACCCGAACAAUGUGACGAUCCGAACAGAAAAGAACAGACCACCGAAAUUUCAAAAACACAGUGAUAAUAUACUUCGGGAAAUCAUUCGUAAGGUCUGGGACGCUCGGCUCAAUACCGAAGCCUCAGGAACUGCGUACGGAAUCGAGACAUGGGGACUGGCGCAUGAAGAGGCGUCUCUUGCGCAUAUGGGGCGGAGGGCAUUUGCGAUGGAGGGUUCGAAGUACCAGGAGGGUAAGAGUAGUCAUCAGGAGGCCCUUGAUGAUCGUAUGCAGACUGAGGGAACUAGGACUGCCCAAACGGGAUGGGAUGUGACGAGUGGGCAAGCUGGGGGCCGCUUCUGGGAGGCGCGCCCAGAAGAUCCCAUCAUCGAAGAUGCGGCGUCACCAACCAAGAUCCAGCACACCUCCUCACCGUUAUGCCCCACCCGAAUCAAGCCAUAUCCAGCGCCUCUCUUGCAGUCGGCCUACUCGGGCACCCUCAAGUUUCUUGACACGGCGCAUUAUCCGCCCGUCCACCCUUUGAGUUGGCGGGGCUUCCAGGACGCACCGUCACGCACGCCCAGUGCGUUCGCCGUUCCCGUCGCAGACGAGCACGAGCUUGCGGCUGGACUAGCUCGGGGACAGCCGUGCCAUCAUUUAUUGCGUUUAGACCCGUGGACCUGGCGGGUGCAGAUGACCUGCUUGCAAAAUUCGAGUAGCAGUCCCAGUGCCGCGGGACCGGGUAUCCAAUCAGCGCGCAUAGACGUGCCAUUGACAGAACUCAAUACCUUGUUUUUGGGGCCCGCGGCACUGGGAGCGGCCGGUUGUAAGGGGGAGCAGUUGAACGGGGCGCUGUGGCACGCGCGUGGGGGCGUUAGUGUGUGCGUCAGUGGUGACCGAUGGAGUAGAAAAAACCAUCGCCUGGUAUUGGGUCCGAGCUGUGACAUGGUGCAGGUGAAGGGGAAGACCUCGAUCGGGUCAACCUUAACGCAGCAAGGAGCGAGCGACGUGGGCGGAGACGGACCCCGCCUGGGCAUCACGCCUGGCGGAGAAGAUCCAGCUGCCCCGCACCUUCCAAGCACUAUAACCCAGACGGGCGACCGACAAGUCGGCGCUCGCGUCUCCCGCCACAAGAAGCAACGCGCUCGUCUUCUUCGCCCCACCCACUGGCUCGGCCGAGAUCGCAUCCAUGUUGCUUCCACCCCUCCAGCACUCUCACCCUCCUUCCCCGUCGACCUGCAGUAUCCUGAUAGCGACGUCUCCGACUCGCCCUCGCCCCAUGAUCUUCCGGCAGAUCAUGAGCCCACUUACCAUACGCCGGCUCCGCUCGACCUGAAGCUUGUCUCCAAUGCCUUCCCAGGCAGCGGCAUGUCGCAAUACUCGUCCUCGCCGACCGAGAGCGAGUACUUCUCGGAUUUGUACUCGUCAUCGCCCGUCGGGGUACAGGCGCACCUGCAAAGUCUCUCGCUUGUCCAGUUUCCUGGCGCACCGCCUUCGAAGUCAGGCUCCUUGUCCCCCGUAGCUGCCGCUACGCAUGGCUUGGGCAUUACCAUCCCUGAGCCGACUCCAGACUCAGACUAUCGCUUCCCGCCACCCACGCCUCAGUAUGGUCGGAGCACAUCAUCCAGGCCGCAUGUCCGCUCCUUGGUUUCGCCCGCUUCGCCUGUGGCCCGUCCCUCGGCGGGCACUUCGCGUGCGGACGUUGGCCACCCGUAUGCCCGCCUGUAUACCCGGCGAGAGAGCACGAAGCGGCGCAAAAUUUGGAAUCACGCACACGAGAAGGCGCUUUUCACUCCGCAAGAAAUAUCGACAAUCGGUGCUCCGCAGCGUCGGACCACCUAUACUGCGAGUCUGGAAGCACAUGUCGAUCGUCUGCACGAGCAACUCAUGCGUCUCUCACUCUAUCCUGUGCCAUAUGAGUCCAUCAAUCCCUUCUGUGGGCUCAAUUGCAAGACAGCGAAGAGCAUGGUUGCUGGCCUCCACCAGGAUGCAGCCGACUUGAAACUGAAGCGUCUUGAAUUGAGCCGUGCACUUGCAUGCAGUGUCUUCAAAACGCUAUAUACGCGAAUCUCGUCUACAGAGACCUCCGGUACGAGAUUCGGUCCACGGCCGACCUUCUCGACGAUCCGUUUGUAUGUCUCUGAACUGGAUAGCCGCAACGACCUUCGGAACUAG